AGUUUGUGUUUCCGGUAGAUGGCGGUUCUCUCCUUUUCUUUCUCUCUCUUAUCGCGCUUCCGUUUCCGCAUUUGGAUCUGCCUCGAUUCCCUCAAUACCAUUCUCCUCGCUUUUUUUCAUUGAUCUUUUUCUUUCUUUCAGUACAUUUAUCCAUUCUAAUUCCUCCACCAAUCUUUCUUCUUUCUCCUUAUGUUUUUUUUUUUGGUGGUCGUUCAGAUUUUUGUCAGAAUUUUGGCUCUCCAGAUCUGUUUUGCGUACACUACUAGUGCUGUUUUCAGUACAUUUAUCCAUUGAAAAUUUUCUCUUGUUUUACGUUUACGAAACAGAGUUAUUGUUUAUCAAUCAGCUUACAGUCAUAACUCAACGCUGUUCUGUUUUUAUUCAUCGUCGUACAUCAUCCAAUCUGAAUUUGACCAAGCUCGAUACUUGACGAUUUGAGAUUCUGGAUAAUGGUCACAGUUAAUCUGGGAAUUCUUCAUUAUGUGUUGGACCACGUUUAUGGUGCAUUCAUGCAUCGAUCGAGGAUUAGCACCCCCUUUUUCUCGAAAGGAUGGGGUGGCACCAAACUUGACAUGCUCGAGAAAAUGAUUAAGCAGUUGUUCCCAGAAAUUGCAGGACAAAAUUGGCCUCCCGUUUUGAUUCAACCCAUCUGGAGGACGAUUUGGGAGACGAGGACUGCUUGUUUGAGAGAAGGGGUAUUUAGAACCCCUUGUGAUGAUCAGCUGCUGAAUGCCUUGCCUCCUGAGAGCCACAAUGCAAGGGUUGCGUUUCUGGUGCCCAAGAAUGUUCCCCCGGGGAAGAUGGCUUGCGUGGUUCAUCUUGCAGGAACUGGGGACCAUACCUUUGAACGGAGAUUGCGUCUUGGUGGACCUCUGGUAAAGGAAAAUAUUGCAACCAUGGUACUUGAAAGUCCAUUCUAUGGACGAAGACGCCCUAUGCUCCAGUGUGGUGCCAAACUUUUGUGUGUUAGUGACCUUUUAUUAUUAGGAAGAGCAACCAUUGAAGAGACCCGAAGCCUUUUACACUGGCUGGAUGCUGAGGCAGGUUUCGGCAAGAUGGGUGUUUGUGGACUUAGUAUGGGAGGAGUACAUGCAGCAAUGGUGGGAUCACUUCACCCGACGCCUAUUGCAACUUUCCCUUUUCUAUCACCACAUUCUGCUGUUGUGGCAUUCUGUGAGGGAAUUUUAAAGCAUGGCACCGCCUGGGAAGCACUGAGAGAGGAUCUUGCAGCGCAGAAGGCUGCAAUGACUCUUGAGGAGGUAAGAGAGAGGAUGCGAAAUGUCCUAUCUCUCACAGAUGUCACACGCUUUCCAAUUCCCAAAAAUCCAAAUGCUGUGAUCUUCGUUGCUGCUACAGAUGACGGGUACAUCCCAAAACACUCGGUGCUGGAACUUGAGAAAGCUUGGCCGGGUUGUGAGGUGAGGUGGGUCACUGGCGGUCAUGUCUCAUCCUUCCUUCUCCACAAUGGCGAAUUCCGCAGGGCUAUUGUCGACGGCCUUAAUAGAUUAUCAUGGAACAAGGACACUCCUUUGUGACCGCCAACUUACAAGGAGUGCUCACUACUCCGACUCUCAUGAUUCAUCACUUUAUCCUUGUAGUUUUCAAUUGAAAUUGUCAAAUGGGCGGCUGAUUUUAGAGUCCCCAUUCCUUUGAAAGAAAAUGGAUUGUGAAAAGGGCUUGUAAAUUAAUUUGCCCAUUUUAAUUGGAAAUUUGUACAGGAAAAUUGAAAUAACUCAACCCCCAUUAGCAA